AUGGCCAUCUGCAGCAGUACCGCCAUGAAUCUGUCGACCGACAAGCAGUUUUUCCGGCGGGCCAUCGACACAGCGCGGCAUGGACUGAUUGGGAAUUUUCCGUCGUACGAGUGUAUGGAGCAGUGGGACGCGAUACACGCUUUGAUCAUCUACGCGACAUUGGAGACUAAGGAAUGCAUUGGUAACGAGUCUGAAGCGUGGAGACUCGCCAUGCCCGUCCAAAAUCUAGAGAUGGGCUUUCUUUUGAAGGUAUAG